UUAUUUUAAUGGAAUCUAACUCCUUAGAUUUUAAAAUAAAUAUAUAACCCAAGAUUAUAACUGAGCAUGUAGAGCCUGAUGUUGAUUUGACUGUCGACAAAUAUGAUGCUGUCUAUCAAAAUACUUAAUAGGAAGAGGAGGUGGAAACAGCUCAUGUAUAGAUAUUAAAUAUUUUGAUUAGAAAGACUUACUAAUAUAGGAGUAUGAUAUCACUUAAGCUGGUCAUCCAUUCUACUGUGUUGCUGCCUUAUUGUUAACUUCUAUUCCAGGAUUAACUUUUAUUUUGUUGCAAGAUGUUAUACAUGCUUAUCCCUUAGUUAUCAUACUUUAGUUGGCUUAAUUUCUGGCACUAAAGAACUACUUGGGUUUAAAAUUGAUUGGGUUACGUUGGUGGAUUGAGAUGAAUAUCAAGGGAGAAUAGAAAUGGAUGUUCUAGACUCAAUCAUAAGAAUAAUCAAAUAAAGUGGAUAAGUACUUCUUUUGGGCCUGUCUCAUAUAUGGUACACUCUUUUGGUGCAUAAUGUGUCUUGGAGACUUCUUUGGAUUCAAAAUAUUCUGGGUAUGAUUGUAAAUAGAUUAUAGUUACCAUUGCCAAUCAUAUGUUUUGUUUUGUCUUUAACUAAUUUAUAAGGAUUUUACAAAUGCAGAGGAGAGCACAAGCAGAAAUUAUAAUAAUUGAAAAGAGAAAUGGCCAAGGGAGGAAUGAAUAUAGUGGGAAUGAUUAUGAAGUGAU